ACUUUUUCUGCCUCAUAUAUGACUAUAUAUAGUUAGCCCUUAUCCCUUGGUUGUAUAAAUUCUCAAGCAUAUAGUGGCAGCUGUAAGGUGCAUGUGCUUAGAAGAACAAUGGUGUCACGUGAUGAGACGUUGGAAGGAGUGUGGAGUAUUCAGGAGCUCAUAAAGGAACCGUUAACUUCAGUUCCUCAACGCUACAUUCAGCAACGUCAACACCAACCUACACCUUUCUCAGAUGCAACCUCUGGCCAUGCACUUCCUACCAUCAACAUGAAAAAUUUGAUCCACGGAGAAGAUAAAGAACUCGAGCUAGAGAAGUUGAACUCAGCUUGUAAAGAUUGGGGUUUCUUCCAGUUGGUGGAGCAUGGAAUAAGCCCACUAGUGCUGGAAACGCUUAAAGAAGAAGUUGAAGGAUUCUUCAGGCUGCCCUUGGAAGAAAAGAUGAAAUACAAAGUGAGGCCAGGUGAUGUUGAAGGCUACGGAACUGUGAUUAGAUCAGAGGAUCAAAAACUUGACUGGGGCGAUAGGUUAUUCAUGAAAAUCAACCCUCUUGACAUGAGAAAACCAUAUCUUCUCCCACAACUCCCCUCAUCACUCAGGAGUAUCUUAGAAUUGUACAUUGAGGAAUUGCAAAGUCUUGGGAUGAUGCUUGUGGGGUUGGUGGGGAAAGCAAUAAAGAUGGAGAAGAGAGAGUGGGAGGUGUUUGAGGAUGGGAUACAGAAUGUGAGGAUGACAUACUACCCUCCAUGCCCAGAACCAGAGUUAGUUAUGGGUCUCACUGCACAUUCUGAUGCAGCAGGAAUCACCAUACUGAAUCAAAUGAAUGGAGUGAAUGGACUGCAGGUUAAGAAAGAUGGGAUUUGGAUUCCAGUCAACGUUAUCUCAGAAGCCUUUGUUGUUAACAUCGGAGAUAUUCUAGAGAUUAUGAGCAAUGGGGCAUACAAAAGUGUUGAGCACAGGGCAAUAGUGAAUUCAGAAAAGGAAAGAAUUUCCAUUGCAAUGUUCUUUCUGCCAAGGUUUCAAUCAGAGAUUGGACCUGCAAUUAGCCUCACAAACCUAGAAAAUCCCCCGCUGUUCAAAAGGAUUGGAGUCGAGAAAUAUGUCAAAGAUUACUUCGCCCAUAAGUUAGAUGGAAAGUCCUACUUGGAACAUAUGAAAAUCACACAUGAAAAAGUUACCAAGGCUUUUAUUUAAUUAGCUCAUGUAAUAUACUUAAUUAUAUGGUUAGCUUGAUAUUAUUAAUAUAUAUGUAUGUAUUUAGACAGUAUCAAUAUGCCACGGUGAAUGGGGCAAGUGCGUGUAUGAUAAUAAAGUUUGCCCUAUUUUUGAUUGUGCUC